CUUUCCUGUGUCACCGCCGCAGGCAGGCGGGCCACCGAGCUCCAGGAGGAGGACCCUGAGGACUCCGAUGAAGAACGGGCCCCGAGGCAGCACGUCACACCUUCUUGGGUGGCCUUCAGAAGGGAGCAGAGUAAACGCCAGAAGGCAACAUCCAAGGUGCCAUUAAGCAAGGAAUAUAGUUUGAAGGAAUUGUCAGGAACAGCAAAUUGGAUGACUGCAAAUGACUCAGAACAUGCCCAGAAACCAGUGUCCCCUCCUGGAGAAGCAUGUGCCUUUGAAAAGCACACUAGACAAAAAUUGGAACCCAGGAAAAAGGAGAUGGACAUGAAGGUGUGCAUCCUACAAGAAUGUGUACCAUUCUUGUGUACCAUGUGUACCAAGAGGUCAACGAGCCCCAGGAUGAUGACUACCUUUAUCACCAAAGGGAGAAACUGCUAUGAGUAUGUGGAUGGGAAGGACAGAUCCUGGGCCAACUGGAUGAGGUAUGUGAACUGUGCCCGGGAUGAUGAGGAGCAGAACCUGGUGGCCUUUCAAUACCAUGGGCAGAUUUUCUACCGAACCUGCCGGGUCAUCAGUCCGGGCUGUGAGCUGCUGGUCUGGUGCGGGGACCAGUAUGGCCAGGAGCUGAGCAGCAAGUGGGGCAGCAAGUGGAAGAGACAGCUCAUGUCCGGGAGAGGGAGUAAAAUGGCAUCUGAUGCUUCUUGGAAGUCCAUAGUAUGGACAAUAUUAGAAAAGACCCUUGAUGUGGGCUUUCUGGAUUUCUGA